CCCCUCUGUUUUCUGACGUGCUUUUAAAUUCCCCAAAAUGAACCAAACAGCUUUAGCUUCUCUCAUCUCGCAAUGUGUUCUGCAACUUCUGGAAAGGAACCUGGACGCAAGGAAAAACGCUACAGAACAAAAAGAGCCACAAUACAAACCAUAUGACAACGCCUAUUUCUUCAUCCUCUUUGUCAUGUUGUUUUACUCUUUCCUGGCGUUAACUGUCUUUUUUGGUUAUGUACGCUCGAAGAAAGCGAUUUCAAAGCAAGAUCCUUACCAGGAGUUCAUCGAGGACAGGAAUCGAAAUAAGAAGUGGAACAUGACCCGGCCAGUGGUGGUGAAAUUCGACUUUGAAGAAGAAAGUAUUCUUUGAACUCCUUAAAACCAAAAUACUCUGCAAAAUGCACCGGACUGUCUCUGCUGCCAACAUCUCGAGGGGAGAUCUACACAUUUAUCUUGUUCGUCUGUUCCCCUCACAAUAAAUCAAAGCAUUGCU